CCACGUACAUUUCAUUCCACGAGUAUAUACACACUAUAUAUAUUCCUCUACUUAUAAACUUAACUAGGUAGUAGAAAAUUAUAAGCAUUUCAAACAUUCUUGCUUAUAGAUUAAACUAUAGUAUAAUAAAUAAAAGAGAGGGCAAAUAACUAUCAAAUUGAAUAGAGAUGGAAUGGAGAAAAUGUUACUUGGAUUUGCUAUUGGUUCCUUUGAGUUUCUUGGUUUUGACUAUAUAUCAUAUAUGGAUAUGGAAUAAGGUUCGAACUCAGCCCCUCUCUACCAUCAUCGGCACCAAUUCUCAUGCAAGAAGAUAUUGGGUUGCAGCCAUUAUGAAGGACAAUGAAAAGAAGAACAUCCUAGCCGUCCAAACCAUAAGAAACACAAUCAUGGGAUCAACCCUAAUGGCCACCACUUCCAUCCUCCUUUGCUCAGGCUUAGCAGCCAUCUUAAGUAGCACAUACAGCAUCAAGAAGCCGUUAAACGACACCGUGUAUGGCGCACACGGCGAGUUCAUGAUGGCUCUCAAAUAUGUGACCUUGCUCCUCAUCUUCUUGUUCUCAUUUAUGUGUCACUCAUUAUCAAUUAGGUUCAUUAAUCAAGUUAAUUUCUUGAUUAAUACACCUCAACAUGACCUAAUAGCUGCUAAAAUUCCACCAAGUUAUGUGUGUGAAUUAUUGGAGAAAGGGUUUGUUUUAAACAUUGUAGGAAAUAGGCUUUUUUAUGCUGCCCUACCCCUUUUGCUUUGGAUUUUUGGGCCUGUCUUAGUUUUCCUUUGUUCGGUUGCCCUAGUUCCUAUAUUUUACAAUCUAGAUAUCGUGUUUGAGUUUGAUGAUGAUUUGGGUAAAGGGGAUCACGAGAUGACUCGUGAGGAUUUCUUGUCUGUUUGAAUAAUUUGAUUCUAUGUUAAUUAAUUGCGAAAUAUAUGAAAUGAGAUCGAUAAUAUUUGAUGGGUUUUGUUUUA